UCCUACGACAUGGAGGGCACCAUCAGCAAGAUCGGCGAGGUGCAGACCUUCGAGAGCGGCUUCGCCAAGAUCGAGUUCGUCGUCACGACGGAGGAGAUGUACCCGCAGGAGGUCAACGCUUUCCCCCCGCCGCAGGAUCUCUUCAAGGACAAGAUCGGCCUGCUCGAUUCCUACGCCGUCGACGACAGGGUCUGCGUGUCCUUCAACAUCCGCGGCAACGAGUGGCAGGGCCGCCACUACGUGAACCUGCAGGCGUGGCGGCUCCAG